AUUUUUUCUUUUUGAUAAUGUUUGGCCUCCUUUCCUUUUCUUUCUCUUCUUUCGCACACGCUCAUCCUCUUAAAGUCUCAGGAACCAGGUGCACGAGGUUAAGCAGCUAAGGACUUGGGCUGAUUGUGGAGCCACGAAGCUUAGCUGAAGUCUAACUCCGUCACCUUAUUCUUUUCAAUCGAUUUGCUAAUUCCGGAGCAUAUUCGAUUAAAUUAAACAAUAGAGGGACAUUCUCUUUUUAGCGGUGCCGUACUUCCCCGUGGAUCCCUGUUUUAUUCCGCAACCUUGUUUUCAUCUGGAAAUAAUGCCAUUUUAAUUUACUUGAUGCUAAAAGAUGGAUGUGAAUAACAGGAAAUUUGGGCGAGGCCUGCGCGAGCUUUCAGGUUCCGUAGACCUCUUUAGGCACUUCAAGUUGCUGCCACAUCAUGAGUUCUUCUGCAAGAAUUCACUUCCAGUAUCAGUAUCAGAUACACACUAUCUGCAUAGUGUUGUGGGAGAUGCAGAAAUUAGGAAAGGGGAAGGAAUGCAAUUGGAUCAGCUUAUUGAGGAUACUUCAUUUUCGAGCGAGACAAAUGCACGGAUAAAACCUUUUGAUCUAGAUGUUCUGGUAGAGGCAUUUCAUCUGAGGGAAACAACACCAAUUCAUCUCCCUCCGUCUGAGAAGGGGAUUCCGACUAUAGCAGGCAAGUCUAAGAGUGAGUCCAAAGAGAAGGAUAAAAAACACAAAAAACAUAGGGACAGGGACAAAGAUAAAGAGCAUAAGAAGCAAAAGCAUGGUCACAAAGAUCGAAGCAAAGAUAAGGACAAAGAGAAAAAGAAAGACAAAAGCGGUCAUCAUGAAUCCGGUGCUGAGCAUUCAAAGAAACAUCAUGAGAAGAAAAGGAAGCAUGAAGGAGAAAAAGACCUUAAUGAUGUUCAGAAACACAAGAAAAGCAAGCACAAGAGUUCAAAGAUUGAUGAAAUGGGUCCAAUAAAGGUAGCAGGAUAAAGGUGACAGUUGGUUCUAUUAUUUAGUUUUUCUUUAGAUUUUGCACCUGAGUCUGGAUUCUGGAACUAUCAUUUUCUUUCUAUUAUGAAAUUUCAGAGGUACAUAUUUUCAUUCAUGCUACCACCACCCCACCCCCAUAGCCCUACUAAUGAAAAGCUUUUUUGCCUGCUGUGUUUUUUCCAUAUGUAUUCUUGUUAUUUAUGUGCAUUUUUAGGGGCUAUAGUUUCCCAUUCAUAUGCACAUUCUAGCAUUCAUUGAUACAUGAGUAUUAUACUAUUAUGCGGCUAGGUUACCUGCUUAGUUGUUGAGUGUAGUCUGGUCUUAGAAAUAUCGGACUGCUAAAGAACAUAAAUUGAAUCUGCAAAGCUAUCUAAUUUCGGAAAGUUUGCUAAGAAGUCUUGCUGCUAUAUGCCUUAAGCUGCUGUCUGAACCCUGAAUCAAUUAGGUACCUUAACGGUUCCCAUUAGUGCAUGUCCUUAUUUCAGUACUUUCACAUAAUUAUACAGUUAUGCUUAGAAUCAUUUAUGGCAUCUGUUGAAACUCAAACAUGUAGAAUAAUGGUUUAGGCUGGUUAUGCUGGUCAUAUGAUCAAAUGAAGCAAUGGUCAAUAUAAGUCUUAAAUACUACUCCCUCCAUUCCUAUUUAUUAUCUGUCUAGGUUGACCACUUUUCCUUGUUCUAUUUCAUCCAUCCAUUUAUGAAAUACAUGCAUGGAAAAUAAUAAUUGUUUUCCACUUGCCCUUCUCAUACUAUUCGAUUUUCCAUUUUCACAAGAGGACAUUAAUGGGAAGAUAGCUUCUAGUGGGGAUUUUCUUUGUUAAAGCAUUCACAAUUCGAUUAUCUAUUACCGCAAUAGAUUUUCUUAAACUGUGUGAUGUGGUCAACCUAAACAAAUAAAUAGGAACAGAGGGCGUAUAUAGGAUGACUUCUAACAAUUUAAUAACAGGGUUGGUGGCGUUGUUUAUCUGAAGCAAUGACUUCUUUUUCCCCAUUACUUUGAUUUUCUAGUUCAGAACAUCAUAUAGUUGUGCUUGAGCCUUUGAGCUCAUAUUAAAAGAAUGACCAGAUUUUGUUUUUGAUGGCUAGGAAGUAGGAAAUUGGUUCUGCUUGUUGCUGAAGUUCAGAAAUGUUUUCAUCAUGAAAGCAUUGUAUAAGUUCAUGAUGGGAUUUUUUGCUGCAGAUCUUUAUUUCAGUGUUUAGAAACUUAUGUAUGUUAAGUCACUUGACGCUGUUCUGAGAGCUUUUGGUAUUGAGUUGCAAGGAACUCAUUUUUUACUAUUUUUUCCCAAUCUGGUAAGAAAAAUAAAGAAUGAACAGAACAAUGGAAAGUAAUAUAGAAAGUAACAUAGAAAGUAAUAACAUUGAUGGUUUCAUGUUAGCUGAUCCCAAAAUCUUUUGGGAAUAAGGCUUGGAUGUUGUUGUCGUUGUUGUAUGGUGGCCGACAGGAAACUGUACUCUUUAGCGUUUCCCAUCUCAAGACGGUAUUAAAAGUCCUGUCUCAAACUCAUGUAAUCUUAGAUCAUAAAUCUCUCAGCCAUAGUCCCAUUUUUUCAAGAUCCGAACACGGUCUGUUUAAUGUUCUCAUCUUACCAUACUUGCCAAUUACGCAUUUAAAUCCCUCUCAUUUCCUGAACAUGAAUAGCUAGGAAUUUUCAAUAACAAAUAUCACAUUAACUUUUUGCGCACAAGAAUUAUGAUCCCCUGCAUAGCUCAAGUAGGGUUUACUAUAGGGAAAAGGUGCAAAAAUGCAAAUCACCGGUGGAAUUUUUUAGGAGGUUCUGUCUGGCCGUCGCCAUUUGGGGCGGUUACCGGUGGAAUUUUUUAAAGAAUAUUUUUGAUCAUCUUCUUCAUCAAGUCUAGUUUACCCAUACCAAAUUUCAGGUAAAAAUUCAACCGGGAAGGCAGUCAAAUGAUUUUCUGAAAUAUACUGCGCUGUUUAACUGUGCAGUUAUCUUCAAACAUUUGUUUGACUGCCUUCACGAUUGAUUUUCAGCUGAAAUUUGGUAUGGGUAUACUAGACUUAUUGAAGAAGAUGCUCAAAAAAUUUCAUCAAAAAAUUCCACCGGGAACCGCCUCAAAUGGCAACGGCCGGACAGAGGGCUUAGUUGGAGGGCUUAUUUGCCCCUUUUCCCUUUACUAUAUAUACUUCGUAUGUUUACCAGUAUAAUACUCCCUCCGUCCCUUAAAACUUUGCAUCUUUCCUUUUUGGAACGUCCCAAAAAACUUUGGCACUUUCCCCUUUAAUCAAUUAUUUUGUGGUUUUUGUUAUUUCUCUCUCCUCUGCACAAACCUCAACCACACAGUUUUUACUUUAUUAUUUUCCGUGUUGGUCAACUUUGGCAAAGUUUUAAGGGACGGAGGUAGUAUAACUUUAAUUUAGAGUAGUUAAUGUAAUUUAUACCGUGUUUUGGAAAUUAUGCACAAUGCUAAUUCUAAAUCCUAUCGGGCAAUAAAUUAAAUCCGCAUACCUUCCAGAUCUCAUAUUCCUUUGUGGUGGGAGUGUGGGACCCUUCUAGGACCCUCACCUUGCGGGGAUGCCAAUGUGCACCGGCUGCCCAAUAAAAUACAACAAAUAAAUAAAAUAUCCUUCCAAAUCUCAUCCCAUCUGUUUAAAUGGGAUCCAUUAGAGCAGGGGUUCUGGGGUACCAUAUAACACUACCCAUUCCCAUCCCUAACUUCUAAUAUGGAGUUUGGAAGGUUUAUUUGACAAGGCAUUAUAGAGAAUCUUUAUAUUGACACUGGGAUAGUUGAGUAUAAUUUUUCAUCAGUAAUUGCUCAUUAUAGGACCAAAACAUACACAAAGUUCAAAAAUAAGGCUAAGCAUCUUUUAUAUUUAGUCCUAUUAAAAGAAUAACUUGAUUAAAACUUGCCAAAAUAGGGGUGAAUGAGUCCUAUUUUUGGAAUAAAAGAUUGAUAGUCCUCUUAAAGGAUUGGCUUUAAACAUGUUUCAGUCCUAUUUAUGAACUUUAUACAUGUUUCAGUCCUAUUUAAGGAAUUUUCUCUAAUUUGAUUGAUUUAUAAAGGAUUGGCCUGUGUCCUAACUCAAGAGUGCUUAGAGCACAAGAGCUCUAAAUAUUAAUGGUAACUGGUCAGGUUCAAUAUUUGAUGCGCAGUAUUUUUUAACUGAAUGACGAUACUUGUCUGUUAUCAUCAACACAACUCUAGCUCAUAAUUCAUAAUGGAAUAAGAGCGCCAUGUUGACAUGGGAGUCUACUAUUGCUUUAUUUCAGCUAGCCUGGUUGCUAUGUAUGAAACUAAUAAGGGGAAGUCUACUACUCUACCUUCCCUAUUAUUGCAUUUAUCUGUCUUGCAUUUCUUUUUCAUGUGCAAUUGUGCAAAACACGUGUGAGCUAAUCAACUAGUGUGAAGAUAGUUAGUGACUUCAAACUGUUGAAGUAUAUUUAGUUACGAAAUAUAUUUAAAAGAACGGUGUACCAUAGGUUGGACUCCCUUUAAAAACAUAAUCCCAAUCUUAUGCUUCCGCUGGCACAUUAGAAGAAGGCUACAAAAAAAUCUGUUGUAGUUUUGGGUGUUCACGACUUAAAACUUUAUCAGUUUGUUUGUGACACAACUUUCCCACUAUAUUGUGCUGAUUUGUUUUACAUAAUUAAUUGAUAUUCCAUAAUAUGAUUUUCAAGAGGAUGGAAAUGAUGAUUUGUAUGAUUGCCACUGUGUAUAUACUGGGCUUUUUGUCCUUGUUAGAAACAAGACAUCGCUUUUUAUUCUACAUAUAUUUCUCAUGCAUCAACUUUAUGCUGUAUGUGCAUAAAUAAGUGAAUGUAUGCGAGGAUAAAAUCCUUGUCUUUGAGGUAGAGGUGAACUCGGUUUCAAACCCAGACAGGUGAAUUUGUCUGCUGCAUAUUUCUUGGGCUUUGGACUGGAACUGGAUCUGGAUUGAAAGCAAAUCCAUUCUGGCUCGGCUUCAUCCGAAUAGGCCAGGGUGGUUCUAGUUAUAUACUCCGUAUAUCUUUUGUAAAUAGCGUGUGACCAGAACUGGAACUGACUGGAAAACAGAACUACUCUUUUUUCCCCUAUUACAUUAUUGACAAUAAAAAUCUCUGUAUGUGUCCUGUCUCAAUAUAGGGACCAUUUUUAAAUGUUAAACCA